CCUCCCUUAAACUUGACUCUCAAUUGCGACAACCGUUCACCUUAUUCCACGAGAUACAUGCCCUGACGUCUUUUUGGUCGUUCUAUCAACGCUGCAUCCAGAAUAGAAUAAUCUCAUAGAUUGGGUAAGUCGACCAAGUUUUCGUGUGGCCGGGCCUUUCUUUUGACCUUCAUAGUAUCGUACAGCGUUACUCAUGUCGAAAGAACCUCGAUGCAUUCCCCCUGAGCUAGUCUCCCAGAUAGUCUCCGAACUCCAAGAUGAUACAGCAUCUUUUCAGUCGUGCGCGAUGGUUUCUAGGGAGUGGCUCGCCCUAUGCAGGCCCCACAUAUUCCGCUCCAUAAUCCUUCGGAACUAUAUGGACUUCGUGGAGUUUCAAGAACUGGCCGAGAACUCUCCUAUUGUUCAGGAAUAUGUGCAAUCCUUGCAGGUCAAUAUUCCCUUUUCGACCACCACUAAUCACGAACUGGACUUCACUUGGGUCAACGAGAUGCUGAGCCCCAUGCUGUCAGAGCUUUUCAAAAACCUUCAGGAACUUUUUAUAACUUCGACUACCGAGAUAUGGAAGGAUGAAUCUUUCGUCCACCUCUCUCGUUGUCACACAGUGAAGAAGUUGUCGAUUCUGAAAAGUGGGAUGUCACUAACCGAAUUGUGUGCCCUCAUCUCCGCUUUCCCCGAGCUGGAGGAAUGCAUCGUUGAAGACAUCAUUGUCUAUUAUGAUCCGCGGAGGAGGCUCACUAGCGAAUCAUGCAAGUCAGACCUUCGUCUGAAGCGUCUCCGAGUCAACAGUUUUGAUUUCCCCUUUUCUGGGAUAGGCUUUCCAGGCCCAAUGGAAACGCAUGGCCAGAUACUUAAUUUCAUUCCGUGGCUACUCACCACUGGGACCCGAGAUACGCUACAAGUUUUGGAACUACGCAUGACCAACGGCCAUAUCUCUGCCGUUGGAGACCUUUUGCGUGCGGUCGGUCCUACCCUUCAGGAGCUUGAGAUUAUCUGCGAUGGACUAGGGGCGAUUGCUGAUCCGGCAUUUGAUGAUAUCAUCAAGAUACAUCUGAAUUUAUCAUGUCUCGUUCGCUUAAGAAAGCUUUCGGUACACUAUGGAACCUUCUUUCUUUACGAUACGCUGCUUUCCACCAUUCGCUCCCCUUCGAUUCGCUCCAUUCAAAUUCGUACGCGAAUGAAAGAUCGUAAUCUGGCUACCAUAGGACAACAUCAAGAGAUUGACCAGCUGCUGUCGAACAAAUUUCUGAAGAAACACCUAACAGAAGUCAUCUUUGCCUACGAGGCUCCUCUGGACCAUGCACUUACGACUUCCUUCUUUGAGGAGGGCUACCCAGAACUAGCUAAACGAGGGAUACUGAAGGUCGUCCACACGCCUCUUUUUUAGAGGCGCGGGUUAUUUCCGACUCAAGCGUUCUGUCUUUUAGCUCAUGUACAAUUAUGUUAGAGGCACUUGUACUGGGCAUCACAUGAUGACCAUUUAGAGAGUCCGUAUAGUCGCUGAGGGUUUUGCCCUAUAUUGACUACGUCUGCUUUGAAUACAUUGCAUAUGUUCGCGAGACCGCUUUCUCCCGAUUCAAGAAGAACCCAGCCGUACUCAAUAUUCCAACACAAAAGGACAUGAUAUCCACCGUCGACAUUCUCUCACUAGCAUUAGCCUCAUCUACUUGCCCCUCUAGAUUCCGCCUGUCGUUCAUCAUAAUCGGCGAAUCACCGGAGGAUGAUCGCGAAAACCCUGUGAUGGUGUCCAUUCUCAGGGACUUUGGUGCUGCUGACAUACUGACAAGGUUGUACUUCUGACACGGUUCUACUCCCAGCGACACUUAUCUGUGAGAACUGAGGGAGGAUCGUGAGCUGAGAUGACAGCAGAAGUCUGGAGGAGACCCAGAACUUGAGUUUGCAUGUAGAUAAUUCAAUGAUUGUCCCACAUCGUACUCCAAGGACCUGAAGCACGGCCGUUACUCACUCGGGAUUUUAGGAAAAAAAAAACAAAUACUCGGGAGUUAGCAUUCUUAUACAUAAAUAAUAAAAUUACUUGGCUUAU